CACUGACUGUCACGUGAAUUGCGAUGGUGGAGAAGAUCUAGUAGAGGCUAGUUGAAGGUUUUUCUCGCCUGUCCGUGGUCGCCUGUCGCUGAAAUCCGAGUAGAACUCCGCGAGUGCGUCGUCACAAGAUCCCUGUGGAUUGAUCGGGAAUCGGAGUCUGGAACACCGGUGUGAGUGCACUAGAAAGAAAAUCCCGCUGGAAUCGAGAGUAAGGUAACUGUUUCUGAAAACAGCCACAGCCCGCCGCACGAUAUUUUGAAACAGUUUCGCCGUACAACCACCAACCGAAAAUGUCCGAGUACUGGCUUAUAUCCGCACCGGGUGACAAGACCUGUCAGCAAACCUGGGAAACGAUGAACAAUCUAACCAACAAGCAGAACAACCUCUGCGAGAACUUCAAGUUCCACAUUCCGGAUUUGAAGGUUGGUACACUGGACCAGCUGGUCGGUUUGUCCGACGACUUGGGCAAACUCGAUGCCUACGUAGAGCAGUCGACACGCAAAAUUGCCGCCUACCUAGGGGACGUUCUCGAAGAUCAGCGGGAUAAACUAUAUGAAAAUCUACAGGCAAACAACAAUGACCUGACCACCUACAUCACCCGUUUCCAGUGGGAUCUGGCCAAGUACCCAACCAAGCAAUCACUACGGAACAUUGCCGACAUCAUCUCGAAACAGGUUGGCCAGAUUGAUGCGGAUCUGAAAACCAAAUCCGCUGCCUACAACAACCUGAAGGGCAACCUGCAGAAUCUGGAGAAGAAGCAAACAGGAAGCUUGCUGACUCGUAAUUUGGCGGAUCUUGUCAAGCGUGAGCACUUCAUCCUAGACUCAGAAUACUUGACCACUUUGCUAGUGAUCGUGCCCAAACAAAUGGUCAACGACUGGAACACCAACUACGAGAAAAUCACCGACAUGAUCGUGCCUCGUUCGUCGCAGAUAAUCACGCAGGACAAUGACUACGCGCUGUGUACGGUUACGCUAUUCAAGAAGGUCGUGGACGAGUUCAAACUGCACGCCCGUGAGCGUAAGUUCGUGGUCCGUGAGUUCACUUACAACGAGGAGGAGCUGGCGGCCGGCAAGAACGAAAUUACCAAACUGGUGACGGACAAGAAAAAACAAUUUGGUCCCCUGGUCAGAUGGCUGAAGGUCAACUUUAGUGAAUGCUUCUGUGCAUGGGUCCACGUAAAAGCCCUCCGUGUGUUCGUAGAAUCGGUGCUAAGAUACGGUUUGCCAGUCAAUUUCCAAGCCAUCCUAAUUCACCCCAACAAGAAAAACACCAAACGUCUGCGGGACGUUCUGAUGCAGCUGUAUGGUCACCUGGAUGGAUCGGCGGCGUCCUCCGGUGGAAAUGCUGAUAAUGUUGACAUUCCCGGCCUUGGUUUCGGACAAUCGGAAUAUUUUCCGUACGUGUACUACAAGCUGAACAUUGACAUGGUCGAUAACAAGGUCUAAGUUGCAUCCACGUAGCGUACACAUCCCGGUCCAUCCCAACUACGACAAGUCUAGUGGCGUGUGUGAAAAAGAGAAAGAGAUACAAAUGGAAAACAACAACAGCAUGUCUGUCGUCGUCAGCUGCAUUGUUCAUCAAUCAUCUUCGCCCGUCCCGUGUUCCCCUGUUCCCAAAAUUUCAACGUUCAGCUGAGCUAUGCAUGCACGGAUAUAAGAAACCCUGGUGGUGCCCCGGAAGAUAUCCCAACGGAACAAAAUUAUGUAAAAACAAACCGCAAAUCAAAAUUCCCAACUAUUGACUACUUUCUGUCAUUCUGUUUAACUGUUGAUUAUUUUACCUAUUAUUGAUUGUAAUUUAAGUAGAUUAUUACAAGCAUAGGAUAACUAAAAUUUUGUUAAGGAUGAUUACUGAUAAUUAUUGAUUUUUUUUUGUGUAAGAAGAAAGCGAGAAUCGAGCGAGAAAAGUUGUUUUUAAAAACAGGAUCUAUUUUUACCGUUCCAGAAAAUACAUUAUACUUACCGAAAAAAAAAUAAACCUAACAAUAGCAAAGCACAACUCUGUGAGGGAAAAAUAAAAGAUCAAAAUACUAGAUUUUACUAGACACAGAAAAAAAUGGAUGGAUUUUGUUGCGUUCCUUGUUGGUCGGUUAACUUACAGCGCAAAUUUCGUGGUCCUCAGAGAGAAAGUCACCCGUCUUUAGCAUUAGUCAUGAGGAUGGCUUGUCCAAGCCAAGUAUUAUCGCCAUGCAUCGUCAGUCGUCAGCAAAGGUUGAAAUAAAGCGUUGAAAAACUUUUCGUUGUACAUAUGGUUCGGAUAACGUACUUUUUUUUUGUUCGUGGAAAAUGAUGAAACUAUCUAUUGUUAUUGACACUUGAGAGAAUACACUACAGAGUAUAACUAAAAAUAAACGGAUUAAUCUUAAACAGUGUUGAACAAUAAACUACCGAAAAACAAAGUCUAGAAAACGGCGUAUGUGUGUAUAUUUAAAUCAAAUAUAUAUUAUCAAAUGGAUUGAGAAAGUGUAACUCUGCUGCAGAAUCAGUUAAUGCAAAUUAUUUGUGUAAAUAAAAUUUGAAACCAUUCCAAAA